AGGCAGCCAAUCGAUGAUUCUCUCUCAUCAUCGUUUCUCACUCCUUCUACCUGCCUCUCUGAAAUCAAUAAAAAUAAUAUUGUAAACACUGGUCCUGCACACAGCAGGUGCUCAAUAAAUGCCCUCUUUGGGAUUAAAUAAACCUGGGCUCUAAUCCCGGCUCUAGGGCCUUGGACACGCCACGUUCUCCUCCUGAGCCUUGGUUUGCUCAUCUGAGAAAUGGGCUUGCAGGGGCACCUGGCAGGCACAGCUCCCGGCACCCAGCAGGGCCGACGACUGAGUGGCCAGGACGGUGAAGGCUGGGCCGUGCGUUCUUACCUGGGCGGGGUGGCUGUGACCUCGCUCCCUGGCAGGUCAGCGGGCCAACCUGCCCCUCAGAUUGUGACACCCUCGCCCACCCAUGACCUCACCCCCAGAGUGGCAGUGGAACCCUAGGGGGGGUCUGUGAGGUCACUCCAUUCCGCUCCACAAAGGCUGGUCGGACAGCAGCGGCUGGCUGGUCUCUGUCCCGGGAACGCUUCUGAGACCCUGGAGCUGGAGACCGUGGUCACGACGAAGCUUCUGAGAGGGACACGGAGAGUUGGGACCCAAGGACACUCCAGCUGCUGACCCUGGGAGGCCAGAACCAGGGGCAAAGGCCUCGUGGGCAUGCGGAGGUCUCUCAGCUGUUCCGGGAGGUCCCCGACGCCCAGGGCCCGGCUCGGGCCCUGUCGCCACCGCCAGGCCACCGUGGUCCCCGGCUGGCUACUGCUGCUGCUGCUGGCUCUGCCCCCCGGCACGACAGGGGCCAAGGACUGCAUGUUCUGUGAGCUGACCGACUCCUCCGACUGCCCCGGCAUCCCCAUGACCUGCGGCGACGACGAGGAGUGCUUCAUGGGCCAGGGGACGGCCCCCGACCUCGGCCCCGUCAUCAACAAAGGCUGCCUGGAGUCCGCGCAGUGUGGCCACCAGGAGCCCGUCACCUACCAGGGCGUCACCUACAGCCUCACCUCCAAAUGCUGCGACGGCAACCUGUGCAACGGGGCCCCCACCCCCGCAGGCGGCCUGCGAGCGGGGGCCGCCACCGGCCUGGCGCUGGGCGCCCUGCGGCUGCUUCACGGACUGUGACCAGCGCGGAGGGCAGGACCCCGGGCUCUGCUGCUCCUUGUGCCCCUGCCUGCUCCCCCCUUCCCCCCCACCAAAGGCCAGAGGCCCUAGACAAACCCCCCGUGGCCCUGGCUUCAUCCAUUCUCGGCUGUCCACCCCACCCCCACCCCCCAGGACCCAGGGCUCCGCCAGGCCAGAGCCUGACUUGGCGGUGGGACGCGCCCCUGGGUUUGGCUGUAAUAUUGCAUUUCGUUGCUUCUAAGACGCCAUAUCUUUCCCCAAUUUGAUCAGGAAGCUCCCUUUCAUUGUGGUCCCUUAGAGUCGAUGAAAUCCGGUCAAAAUAAUAUUAAUAAACAACAGCUGAUGUGUAGGAA